GAUCGUCCCCUCUUCUCUCUCUCUGAUGAAGAACUCAAGAAGGAGGAGAGAGAAGAGUUGUUAGCUAGCUCACACGCUUUCGCUUAAAACUCAAAAACCUGCACUUUCUCGUCUAUUUUCUCGGCAUUCGUAAAACAAGAAAAAGUGGGUCUCUGAGAAAAUCACAAAUCUUGCACAAAGUUUGAGUCUUUUCUCCAAUGGAUUCCAGAGAAAUCCACCACCACCAGCAACAACAGCAACAGCAACAGCAGCAGCAACAACAGCAGCAUAUGCAACAACCACCGCCAGGGAUGUUAAUGGGUCACCACAAUUCCUACAAUCGAAACCCUAACGCCGCCGCCGCCGCCGCUUUAAUGGGUCACACCUCUACAUCUCAAGCUAUGCAUCAGCGAUUGCCUUUCAGCUCUAUCUCGCCGCAUCAGCCUCAUCAUUACCAUCAUCCUCAACCUCAGCAACAGAUGGAUCAGAAGACUCUUGAAUCUCUUGGAUUUGACGGAUCGCCUUCUUCCGUUGCCGCCGCUCAGCAGCAUUCGAUGAGAUUUGGGAUCGAGCAGCCACAGGUGAAGAAGAAACGAGGAAGACCUAGGAAGUAUGCGGCUGAUGGUGGUGGUGGGAAUAACAUUGCUCUUGGUUUGGCUCCUACUUCGCCUCUUCCUUCAGCUUCUAAUUCCUAUGGUGCUGGAAAUGAAGGACCUGGUGGUGGUGGUGGUGGUGGUGAUAGUGGAGGAGCUAAUGCUAACUCUUCCGAUCCACCUGCUAAACGGAACAGGGGACGUCCUCCUGGCUCCGGUAAGAAGCAGCUUGACGCUUUAGGAGGAACUGGAGGAGUUGGGUUUACACCUCAUGUCAUUGAAGUCAAAACUGGAGAGGACAUAGCUACGAAGGUAAUGGCGUUUACGAACCAAGGGCCACGCGCAAUCUGUAUUCUCUCAGCUACAGGAGCUGUGUCUAAGGUGGCGCUUCGUCAUUCUACCAAUCCUGAUGGAAUUGUUAACUAUGAGGGCCGAUAUGAAAUCAUUUCUCUGUCAGGUUCUUUCUUAAAUUCUGAGAGUAAUGGUACUGUGACCAAAAGUGGUAACUUGAGUGUGUCGCUGGCUGGACAAGAUGGCCGGAUUGUGGGUGGGAGUGUUGCUGGAAUGCUAGUUGCUGGAUCACAAGUCCAGGUCAUUGUCGGAAGCUUUGUCCCAGAUGGAAAAAAGCAGAAACAAAGCGCAGGGCGUGCUCAGAAUACUCCAGAGCCAGCUUCAGCACCAGCCAAUAUGUUGACCUUUGGUGGUGGAGGACUGGGAAGCCCUCGAUCUCAAGGACAACAACAACAGUCGAGCGAGUCAUCAGAGGAAAACGAAAGUAAUUCCCCGUUGCACCGUGGAAGCAACAACAAUAAUCAUGUGCUAUUUGGAAACUCGGCACAAAUGCUUCAGCAUAUGCCUAUGCAGAUGUACCCUCUCUGGCCUAGCAACAGUCCUCAAUAAUUAAACGGUUCAGGGGUUGGAUUGACAGGGUUUGCUUCUCUGUUCCUUUUGACACAUCUCUCCACAUCAGAAUUAUCUCUAUAAAGUAGAUUGAGCUGUCUUACUCUAUCAUCUUCUUCUCCUUGCUAUUUCUCUUAAAUUUAGCUUUGUUUUAGAUAAAUAGAGAGAGAGAGACAUGUUAAGUAGGUUUCAAUUCAAUCUUUGUUUAGUUUGUUUCUUAGUAGUUUCUUUUGAUUGUGACGAUCACAAAGACUUGCUCUUUUCUUCUAUCAUCAACGAGUUAUAUCCA